AAAAUCCCUGUUUUGUUUUAUUUACAGUUCAAUAUAAUGCCUUCCAUCAUUUCAAACUUCGACAAGUUUUAUGGUCAAGCAAUGCUACUACAAUUAUUCCAAUUACUCUACAAUAUAAUGAGUCUCUUGCAGAUGUUAUAGCUGUUGGCAGUCAAAAUAAUAAGAGUGCUAUGCAAUUUUAUCGCUGGAAUGCAGAAUUCCAAAAGUUUCUACACGAAAAUCAGCUGUCAGACUCUGCUCAAGCGGAUAAGCUGGAUAAACUGUGGAGCUUGGGAUUUCAUGAUGCUGAUUGUCUGUUUGCCAUGCAUGAUUAUGUGCAAAAUGAAAAUAUUAAAGAAAUAAAAAUAUCGAAUAAUUUUACGGAAUUAUUAAAGCAAAAUAAACAAUCUUUAGUCUCACUCUCACUGGCGGAGAACACUUGCUUUGCUAUUUACAGGGACGAAACUCAGGAAGUGCUUAUAAAUUGUUUAACCAUUGAUGGCAAUGGAGCAAUAGAAAUUUAUACCAAAGAAGUCAUACAGAAAACUGGUGUUAAACAAAUUUUACAAUUAAAUAUUGAUAAGAUUGCAUUGCUGCUAAGUGAGACUAUAGAAAUUUGGAGCGUUAAAGAUGGCAUGAUCCUAAUACAAAACAUAUCUGUCAUGAAUCCACAACAAAUUGUAAAAAACACCCACAAUAAUGUGCUCUAUUUAGCUGCUAUAGAAGCACACACAACAAACACUUCACAAGAAGGUACCAUUAACAUUUUUAAAUCAUUGAAUGGUUCAAAUUUUGUUGAUUUACAAACGUUAAAUUGUGUGGAACCACAACAAAUUUUAUUCUCGAACAACAAAGAAUCGAAUGAUCUCAUCUUAUAUGUACUUAGAAAUGCUACAAAUCCAACAUUAAUAGCUUACAAACUUAAAGAUGAUGUUGGUUUUAAGACGGUACUUGGUGUUUACAUGUUAAACCCAGCCAAACAGCUGCAAAAUAUUCAAUUUACGUUAGAUCCGAAAUAUCUCAUCGCAUUAUACGGAAAAGAUGAUAUAACUAUUAUUGAAGCAAAGUUUGGAAUUCUUUAA